GUGCUGGGUGCUGGGUCCUUUGGGUAUGUGAGACGGGCAGUUGAUCAGCAGUCUGGACGGGAGGUGGCCAUCAAGGUGAUGAGCAAGAAGGCAUUGGGAGAGCGCGUUUCCAUGGUAGAAAACGAGGUGGUUUUGCUCAAGACGCUUGAUCAUCCAAACGUGGUGCGAUUCAUAGACUACUAUGAAUCUCCAAGCUCAUUUUAUCUCGUUACAGAGCUUGCUACAGGUGGAGAGCUGUUUGACCGGAUAGUGGAGAAGGUUGUUUUUACGGAAAAAGACGCCAAAGCCGUUGUGUUGCAGCUGGUGGGGGCCCUUAAUUACCUCCAUGAAAACAACAUUGUGCACCGUGACAUCAAGCCCGAGAACAUUCUGUACAGGACCCAGGACCCUGACAGCGAUGUUGUUUUGGCGGAUUUCGGGAUAGCGAAAAAGCUCAGCCAUUCCGAGCCGUAUAUCCGCGAUCAUGCCGGUUCUUUUCUAUACGCGGCACCAGAGACUUAUACGCACGAAAUGUACGGCUACAAAGCAGAUAUAUGGUCCCUUGGGGUGGUAUGCUAUAUAUUGAUGUGCGGCUAUAGUCCGUACGAUGCCAACACUGUGGACGACUUUCUGCGGGUAGUGGAGGAGCCGUUGAAUUUUGACGACAGUAGCUGGGACAAUGUGGGCGAAGAAGCCAAGGAGUUUGUCCUCUGUUGUCUGGACACGCGCCAGGAAACGCGAUUUCCAGCUUGGCGACUUCUGCAACAUCCGUGGCUGACGAGCGACAACACCCAGAAAGAGAUCAAUCUGAUUUCGAACCUCCGGGACGGCUACUCUGCCAAGAAGAAGCUGAAGGCUGUGAUCCACAUGGUGCUGAUCCGGAAAAGGUUCCAACAGUUGCGAAGCCUGACUGGCGAGGAAGAAUUCGAGCUGGAAGAGCCGUAUCUAUCAGACCCUGACAAAUCGCGGUUGCUGGGCGAUGCGUUCCGCAACCUUGUUUAUGCCGCCAAGGACAACAAGGAGAAGGUCAUCAAAUACCAAAUGGACGAUGCAGGCCGAUGA